AUGGGAGAAAAGAUUCGUGAGAAAAAUGUGGAAGAAAGAGUAGGAAGUAGUGGUGAGAAAAAUAAGGAAGGAGAAAAAAAUGAGGAGAAGAACAAAGAGAGAAACACCCAAAAGUCUCCACUGGAAAAGAAACUUCCUUAUCCACAUGUUCCUACAAAGCUUGAUAGGGAAAGGCAAUUUGCUAGGUUCAUGGAUAUCUUCAAAAGGCUGCAAAUCAACAUUCCAUUUGGAGAAGCAUUGGAGCAAAUGCCAACCUAUGCAAAAUUCUUGAAAGAAUUGUUAACAAAGAAAAGGAGGUAUCAGGAUGAAGAGGUAAUUCACUUGAGUACCAACUGUAGUGCCAUCAUUCAAAACUUCAUUCCUGAGAAUCUAAAGGAUCCUGGGAGCGUCACAAUUCCUGUUACUAUUGGCAAUAUAUCAGUGGGAAAAGCUCUGAUUGAUUUGGGAGCUAGUGUUAGCCUUAUGCCGUUAUCCAUGAUGAAAAGGGUAGGUGGCUUGGAGCUGAGGGCAACCAGGAUGUCUUUGCAGCUAGCAGAUAGAUCAGUCAAAUACCCAGUUGGCAUAGCAGAGGAUGUUUUGAGGAUGAGGUUCCUAUCAUUUUGGGAAGACCUUUCAUGA